AUGUCUUAUAAUUACAAUCAAAACCAAGGACCACCACCAAAUUAUGGGACACCUCAACAGCCCUAUGGUCAACAGCAGCAGUAUAGCACCUCCUUUCACCAAACAAGUGGCGGUAAUCAACAACCUCCACCUGGUGCCGACCCUCAAUUAUUUUUUUGGUUCAAAGCUGUAGACACUGACAAUAGUGGAACUUUGACUGCUGCAGAAUUACAAAAGGCUUUGAUUAAUGAUAAUACUGGAACGAUUAACUUUAAUGAAUUUGCUGGACUUUGGCGAUAUAUUGAAGAUUGGAAAAAGUGUUUCCAAACUUUUGAUGCGGAUAGAUCAGGCACCGUGAACUUCCAAGAACUUAAAACAGCAUUGAAAACAUUUGGAUACAAUUUAAGUGACAAUUUCGUCAACCUACUAAUUAAAAAGUAUGACAAAUACG